GUGGGGUCGAGGGCCCUCGCCUACUACGACCCGCGCGAUGACUACUGGCAUGAGAGGAUCAUGCUGGCGCACAUUCAGGACUUCCGCUUCGUGGUGCUCACCGCGGACUGGGACAUCUAUGAUGAAGACAUGUCCCAGGCGCUUCGCCUGCUGCCGCUGGGUCCACGGGGCGGCCUCCCCGUGCCGAGGCCGCAGGGGCACAUCCUGCGGGUGGACAACGCCCGCCUCAGCGCCGAGCUGCAGCAGCUGUGCGACGAGGCGGCGCAGAUGGCCUUGGACAUCCGCGAGGAGGAGGGCUUGCCGGCCCCAGCGGCGCCCCACGGGGUGCUUGCCGACGGCGUGGCGGGGGCGCUUGCCGAGGCGCCGGCUCCUGCGGCGCUGGCGGCCGCCGCGAGGCCCGCUGGGCCAGCGGUGGGGGGCGUGGCCGCUGCCGGCGCUCUGGCGGCGGCGCCGGCCGCGCCGCACAGGGCACCCGCGGCCGGGGCUCUCCUUGCCCCAGCCCCGCCGCGGCCCGCGGCGCCGCCGGCAGACGCGGUCUGGCUCGCGGCGGAGACGCGUGGGGGCUUCACGGCCGGGGCCCCGAUCCCGCCGGAGCUCCUCGGCGCGGAUGGCCAGCCGCAGGUCGUCCUGGGCGACCGCGGGGUCGUGGCGCUGGCGGCAGGCGUCUCGCUGGCGGUCGCAGUGGCGGACACCCUGGAGGCAGGGACGGCAGCGCUCUCCAGCAGUGGGGGAGACCUUCGCACGCUGCCGGUGCUCUACUCACCAGCUGGUGGCCGCUCCAGGUCCUUCCACGACGCCGUGGCCAAGAUGUCCACCACGCCCUUCCCAGACUGGCGCAUCAAGGGGCCGAGGACCGCUGCUUGGCUGCUUGAGAAGAUCUCGGAGGCGGGCUACACGCCGCUGCAGAGGCAUUUCUGGUGGCGAUCGAUCCAGGGGCUCACAGCUUCCGACUCGGGCGUGGACGACCACCACUUCAUUUCCGAGGUGCUGCAGGAGCUCACCACGUACGACCAGCUCAACGCGGGCGAGCUGGUGGCGGUGGAGAUCCUCUGCCGCCGCUACCAGCUCUGGGAGGAGCUGUACGCCUCGAGUCUGCGUGAAGCCGAGGCUGGCCAGGACGCUGCACCCUGGCUCGAUGAGCGAUCCAUCUUCCUCGGGCAGGACAGGAGCCGCGGCUCAGCGCUUGUCUGCCCCGCCUUGGAGAGCUGGGUGGCGGAGAAGCUCCGAGAGGAAAGUGCCAUCCUCAAGGAGCGCAGGAAGGGGCGAGAGGAAAGGCUGCUGGAGCGCGGCGUCGACGGCGGCGCGGCCCCCGGCCUCGGCGCGAGUUUGCAGGGGAGGCGAGGCGUGCUGAACGAUGCCACCUCGCUGGGUUUUGGCGAUGACAGUCUCGCGCAAAGGGACGCGCUGCCCAUCCCGCUCAGCUUCGAGGCGCUCCAGUGCCUGAAGGGGUUCUCGGCCCUCGACGGCGAGCUUUCGCUGGGGCAGCGGCGCAAGGCCGCGCGCUGCAGGCGCCAGGAGCGCUGGGUGCUGGGAGGCGUCGCGGCGCUCAACGAGCCGGGCGGGGGUGGUCGGUUGGCUGACAGCGGCGGGCGGCUUAGCUUGGCGCAGCGCUCCGCGUUGCAGCAUCUGGGCGAGGUCUACGCCGCGGUCCCGCCGAAGACUGAGGAUUGCACCAACCAGGAGGCGUUUCAGGCGCUUCUGGGGCUUCGACCUGGCAAUGCUGAUGAGCCAGCCAUCGGGGCGAGAGCCGGCUACCAGCGCGGGAGGGUAUCCCUUCCUUCUGGCGGUGCUGGGCGUGUCGAUCUUGUUCGACUACUUCCGCCGCACCUGCAGUCAGCGCUGGAGUCCGGGCACGGGUUAUUGCGCUCGGAGCAGGAGGCUUCUGCUGCUCUGGAGGAGGCUGACGUCACGUGUUGCGUCGACGGCAAGCUGGCCCAGCGGGGCUUUGACUACGGACGGUUUCUGCUCGAGCUGUACGACGCAGGGAUCGUUGAAGUUUUGGACUAUGAGUUAGAUCGGAAGGAGGAGACUGGCGUCUUCUUUGUGCCUCGCAAAGAUGACAAGCUGAGGCUUAUCUUUGACACCAGGAGGGCGAACUGCCACUUCAGGACGCCCGAUUACACGCACUUGGCCUCCGGCGACGCCCUCAGCAGCUUGGAGUGCACGCCCGGCGAGGAGGUGCACUUGGCGGCUGGGGACGUGGAGGUGUGUUUCUACCAGUACGUGCUGCCCACAUGGGCCAGGAACUACUUCUGCCUGCCGAGCUUGGCGACUCGCAUGCUGCCUGCCCGCCUGCGUGAGGCUCUGGGGCCUGAGGUUGCGGCGCGACCCAAGAUAGCCUUCCGUGUGCGAGUUGUUCCCAUGGGAUGGAACUGGGCCGUCCACUUUGUGCAGUCUGCCCACCUGAACGUGUUGGCUUCGAUCUCUCCGAACAACCAGUGGCUGGUGGACAAGCAGCCUGGGACGUGCCCCUCGGACAGCUCUGCUGCAGCCAAGGUCUUGUGCAUAGACAACUUUGCGGCCAUUAGCACCAGUCGCGAGGCAGCGUUGCAGGUUGUCAAUGACAUGCUGGGCUCUUUCACCAGUGAGGGCGUCAGGGCGUCGCUUGACUUGGACGUCGUCCUCCUCGGCUUCACGCUGGGCUCCAAGGCCGCCAGGUGGCGCCCCGCACCCAAGAAGUUUUGGAGGGUGCAUGGCUGCAUCUCACACCUGCUGGAGCCAGGAAGGCGUAUCACUGGGCGCCAGUUGGAGAGGCUUGUGGGCCACGUGGUCGCGCUGCUGCUGCUGCGGCGUGAGGCUCUCAGCCUCCUCAGCGCCGUUUACGUCUUCAUCCGGUCGACCUACGACAGGGCGCAGCCGCUGUGGCCCAGUUGCCGACGUGAACUCAGGUGGGUGCUUGCGUUGUUGCCCACGGUGUUCGCCGACAUGAAGAGGCCUUGGCACGCUGAGGUAGGUGCCUUUGACGCGUCGCCUUGGGGCGCGGGAGUCUGCACUGCGCGCUGGCCUUUGAGCGCGGUGCAGGCCGCAGGCAGGCAGCCGGAGAGGCUGCGUUUCCGCGGGCCCCUCGCCUCAUUGGUGGCUCCGCGGGACGCUGCCCUGGCCGCGGACAGCAUCGAGCUCUCUGACCCCGCCGCGCUCCUGCUCGGCCGCGCGGCGGGUUUCGCCGAGGUGAGCGGAGAGCUGCUGCGCGAGGAGGUCCGCACGCUCCAGGCAGCGCCGCCGUUCGGUCAGCCAAGUCUGCCAGAGGUGGGAGGCGCUUCGCCGACCCGGAAGCGAGCCGUUGGUGGUGGCGAGUCCGCAAGGAUCAGAGCGCAGCUGCCGCCGCCUUCCGCCCAGGAGCGGGCCCGCUUGCUGCCCCGCCAGGGCUUUCUGGCAGCCAACAAGGUGCGACCGUCCACUCAGGUGCUCUAUCUGAAGGUGUUGCGGCUGCUGGCAGGCUGGCUCAUGGUGGACGCUCUGCCCGACUGGCCUGUGGCGGCCUGGGACGCAGCGCUGGCCGACUUCCUGCUGUGGGCCUUCGACCAGGGAGUGGCGCGGGCGACGGCUGCAAGGCUUGGCGCCGCGGUGCUGUGGGGGCUCCCGCAGCUCCACGUGGCGCCCUUGCAGAGGUGCUUCCCGCAGCUCGCGCACUCGCUGGCGGGCUGGAAGCGCCUGCAUCCGCCAGGCUCUCGUCCGCCUCUUCCAGAGCUUGUGGUUCGCGCAGCGGCAGCUUGGCUUGGGCACCAGGGCGAGUUUGCGACCGCCUUGUGCCUCAUGCUGAUGUUCGAGGGCUACCUGAGACCCUCGGAGGCGCUGGCGCUGCGGGCCGCCCAGCUCACCGGCCCUUUCGGCUCGGCCACCAGCGCGGGCUCACACAUGUCGGUGGUGGUGCAUGCUGCAGAAUUGCAGCAACCGGGCAAGACAGGCGAGAUGGACCACACCGUUGUGCUCGACCUCCCGCGCCAGCAGGCCCUGGCUUGGGCCUUGGCGCGCCUGCGCGACUCCCGCCUGGGCUCCUGGCACCCGCUGUGGGACUUCGACUACAACCUCCUCCAGCGGCGAUUUGGCCAGGCGCUCGCGGCUGUGGGAGCCAGCUGUUUAGCAGGCACGCUCUACAGCCUCAGGCACGGCGGCGCCAGCCACGACCGCCUGACGGCCAGCCGCACGCUAAUGGAGGUGCAGCAACGAGGAAACUGGCGCGCCUUCAACAGCGUGCGACGCUACGACAAGCACGGGCGAGUGGCGAUCGAGUGGAUGAAGAUUCCCGCCCCCCAGCGCCAGGAGAUCGAACGGUUGGCUGCUGGACUCGACGCCGCCUGCAAGCUGUACUCGCUUCAGCGGCAGGGCAUGCAGUCAUUGAGCGGGAUGUCCUGCAUGGGCAAGAGUUUGAUCUCACCCGGCCUGCGCCGUGGGCUGUGCUGCGCGGCUGGAUUGCCAGCGGCAAGUCGGCCCAGCCAAGCUCGCGGACUCUCCCCACCGUGGGCAACUCCGCUCCCGCUCUUUCGCGCCAACUCUGCCGCCUGGCUCUUCCCUGGCCCGCGCCUCCUCACGGACGCCACUAUCAACAAGCACGUUUGGCUAGCCUUCGGUUGCACCCUGGCCACCACUGACCUGGACGCCUACACGGACCAGGAGGCGCAGGCGGAGCUGCGCGCGCGCGAGGAGGGCUGGCAGGCGGAGCUGGCCGCGCUGCAGUCGAAGGCGCUGGCGGAGCUGCGCGCGCGGGACGAGCGCGCGCAGGCGGAGCUGCGCUCGCGCGAGGAGGACUGGCAGGCGGAGCUGGCCAGGCUGCAGUCGCAGGUGGCGCACGAGCUGGCCGACCGCGAGGGGCGGUGGCGCGAGGAGCUGUCGCGCCUGGUGGCCGAGGAUCCAGAUGGAUCCGCGAGGGCCCCCAAGGGGGCCCGAGACCAGGCGAGGACGCCCAGCGUGAGGGCGCACGCCUGCCGUGCCCAGACCUGGGCCGCGGGAGUGGGGGCCCUCCCGCGCCUCCGCGCAUCCGCUCGCGCCUCCUCGCAGGAGCAGAGGAGCGCGGCCGAGCUGGAGGCCUCGCGCGGGCGCGACCGGCAGCUGCAGGCCGAGCUGGAGGCCUCGCGCGGGCGCGAGCGGCAGCUGCAGGGCGAGCUGGAGCGCGCCGACGCGGAGCGGGUCGAGCUGGAGGCCUCGCGCGGGCGCGAGCGGCAGCUGCAGGCCGAGCUGGAGCGCGCCAGCGCGGAGCGGGUCGAGCUGGAGGCCUCGCGCGGGCGCGAGCUGCACCUGCAGGGUGAGCUGGGGCGGGUCGCGGAGGAGCUUGCGACCGCGCGCGCCGAGGGGCGGGGCAGGGAGCUCGCGGCCGCGCGCGCCGAGGAGCAGGCGGCCGCGCGCGCCGAGGAGCUCGCGGAGCUGCGCGGAGGGCUCGCGGCCGCGCAGGGGGAGAUGCACGAGAUGCGCGUGCGGGAGAAGAUGCACAAGGCGCUGGUGAGCCAGAUGGACGCCGUCGAGAGGCAGCGCAGGCUCCUCGACGACGAGGUGGGCCGCCUCUCCGAGGAGCUGCGGGCGGCGCGCGAGAGGGAGGCGGGGCAGACCGAGCGGGCGCGGUCCGAGGCGCAGGGGCACGAGGAGCUGGGGCGGCAGCACCUGCAGCUGCAGUCCGAGGUCGCCCACCUGCGAGACCAGCUGGACAGGCGGGACGCGGAGGCCGCCUGCCUCAGGCGCGAGCUGGAGGCGCAGGCGGAGGAGCGGGCCGAGGAGACCCGCCUGACGUUGGAGGAGCUGGGCGGCCUGCGCGCCAACGUGGACGAGCAGGACAAGAGGUGCACGGAGCAGCUGAGGGACCUGGAGGGCGUCCGCGCGGAGCUGCGGCAGGCCCUCGGCGAGCGGGACGCGCUUGGCACGGAGCUGGAGUUGGCCCGCAAGGACGCAAGUGCCGGCCUCGCGGCCGCCAGGGCGGAGCGCGAGCGCCACGAGGAGUCGCUGCGCAGGCAGCUCGACGGUGCCCUCGCCGACGCCGCGACUGCCCGGGCGGAACGCCAAGCCGCGCGCGAGGAGCUGACGGCCGCGCGCGAGGAGCUGACGGCCGCACACGAGCUGGCCGCCGCACGGGAGGCCGCGGGCAAUGAGACAAUGACGGAGCUCGAACGCGCGCGGCAGGGCCUGCUGGAAGCCCGCUCCGAGGCGAGCGCUGCUCGCGCCGAGGCCCAAAGGCUGGGGCCGGAGCUGGAGGCCGCCAGCGCCGGCUUGGAGGCCGCGCGCGCGGAGCUCGCGGCUGCGAGGUCGGAGGCGCGGGAGACGGCGCAGGAGGGGGAGGAGCUGCGGAGGCAGCUCGACGGCGCGCUCUCUGGCGGCGAGGCGAUACACGCCGAGCUGCUCGAGCUCCGGGACAGGGUGGCGCAGCACCAGCUGCUGGAGGUCGAGCUGAGGAGCCACCGCAGGAGGGAGAGGGAGUACCAGGACCUGCAGCAGGAGGUGCUCAGGAAGUGCACGCAGCUCAACGCGAUCCGCAACAAGCACGUGGAGCAGGCGUCCCCCGGACCUCCCCCGGUGGCCGUUGCGGCCACCGCGGUGGCCAGCGCCACGACCACCACGGAGGGCGGCGUCACCCGCAUGACGAGCACGACGGAGACCCGCGUGUCGGCGUGCGGCGAGGCAGAGGCUCGCGUGGCCGUGGAGGAGCUGACGCCAGACAGCCACGCCGAUCUCGGUGGGUUGGCAGCGGCGCGCUGAGGGCAGAGCCCCCGCGCGCUCGUCUGCGGCUUCGGCUGGCUGUCCUCACGUGCUCGGCUGUCUCCACUGCCCGUGGUUGACUUCGGAAGUGCCAGCAGUCCUUCCCCUCCUGCCCCACCACUCGUGCGCGCUGCCAAAUUCCGUCUCUGUCCUCCCUAGUGCAUUAGCCCGAAUGCGGUCGCCCCGAUGCUCGGGCGAUCGUUUCUGUUGCAAAUGAACCACGUAUACGCGGUGCGGAACGCAACCGUCGUAGGCAAGUGUUAACGCAGCGCGGGCGCGAGACACCUCGAUAGGGUGUGCUGCCGCGCGGUGGGGAAA